CCCCACCAUUUGUCGACGACACACUCCACCAAGGCAUGCAAUUUGACUACACUUCAUCAGUAGCUGUUCAUCAAAGCAAAUCGCGCUUGCAUACGAUACGUUCCAGUUGAGUCUGUGGAAAACGAGAAAUAGAUCGCGCAUACUACCACGACGACGACAUGGCAGACUUCCAGGCCAUCGCGAAGCAAUUCGUCGACUUCUACUACCAAACUUUUGACCAAGCUCGGCCCGAACUUGCUCCUCUCUACCGAGAUGAGUCAAUGCUCACAUUCGAAAAUUCCCCUACACAAGGCAGUGCAGGCAUCAUCGAGAAACUCGUCGGCUUGCCGUUCCAGAAAGUCGAGCAUCGAGUGGACACACUCGACGCGCAACCGAGCAAUCCAAAUGGUGGAAUCUUGGUGAUCGUCACCGGCGCCCUUCUGGUGGAGGAGGAGAAGCGACCAAUGUCAUAUGUGCAGACCUUCCAGCUCCUGCCAAGCGACGGCAGCUACUACAUUUUCAAUGACGUUUUCCGAUUGGUUUACGCAGCACAGUGAGCUCGUCUGCUCGCGAGAACCAUUUACAUUGAUGCGUGACACCACGGAUUCGGUAGCCAACGAUAUCAACAUCACUGCUUUUGCUACUACAACUAAGUUCGCAAUGUCCCUUUUUCGCUCACAGUAUCGACGGUCUAUGGCAGUCCCUAUCGAAUGGAAGCCACGACUUUCGCCAGCGUGAUAUGCGCAUAGGGCGAGCAUUGAAUUGAACUAGACAGUUGCUCGAUUUAUUCUGUAGUGAUGCCUAACAAUUGGAUCGCAGCGGCGCUGAUUUCUUCGAGAUGAAGUGCAUUCAAACAAACCCUCGAAUCGGAUAAUGCCUUUCUGAGGGCCUGCCUGCCUUCCUUGCAUGUGCUGUUAAUGCGCUUGGUGGCUGUAAAUCUGCGGCGAUCUUGCGGAACACGAGCGUUGGUCGUGUAAAUUCGUAUUCAACUUCUCAAUAACACGGACUGGCGAACAUUUAUGAUAUUUGCAUUUGCAGG